AUGGCUGUCGUGGCCUAUGCCAUCACACCACCUGCUCAGCAAUCACUCCCAGCAGCUGCUGUUCUUGGCACCAUCUGCCUGGCGAUCUCUUCAUCCAUCUGUCCUUCUCCUUGGAUAAAAAUGAAACACUUCUUAUUUUUGGCUGCUGCUGCUGGAUUUCUGCCUGGUUUGAUUAUAAGAAUAUGUAAAGUUUCAUAUGAGUCAGUCCUUACUUGGUCACUAUCUGUCCAAAAAGAAAUUAUUGAUUUACAUAACACCAUCAGGAGAACAGUGAUUCCAUCAUCCAGCAACAUGCUGAAAAUGAGUUGGAGUAACGAAGCUGCACGCAAUGCCAGACAAUUGGCAAAGACUUGUGACCUAGCACAGAGCAACGCACUUAAGAGAAGAAUUUCAAAUACUUUUUGUGGAGAAAAUAAGCAUUUGACUCCUUAUCCUAUCACAUGGACAGAUGUGAUUGGAAUCUGGCACAAUGAAUCUGAAUAUUUUGCGUACGGUAUCUUUAGUUCAGAUGAUGAGCACCCAGUUGAUCAUUACACUCAGAUUAUUUGGUCUUCCUCUUACCUCAUUGGCUGUGGUGUGUCAUCAUGCUGCAAAAAAUCGGCACCUCAGUUCCUCUAUGUUUGUCACUAUUGCCAUGAGGGAAAUGAUCCUGAACAAUUGGGUAUGCCUUAUGUAAUAGGAAAUCCAUGUGAAGAUUGUCCAAAGAACUGUGAAGACGAACUUUGUACUAACCCCUGCACCUAUUAUGAUGAAUACAUUGACUGCCAUAUACGGAAAAUGGUUCCUGGAUGCAGCGCCCUGUCAGUCACACUACAAUGCAAAGCCACUUGCUUUUGCACCACUGAGAUCAAGUAA